AGCACUAAUGAAUUCCUGGAACAUUCCAGAGCCUUUGCAGCCACGCUGCUUGCAAAUCGAAAGGAAACGACUGCUAGUCAAAUUAGCACAAGUUUAGAGACGACAUCAACCUCAACUACUGUAGAACCUUCCACAACCACUGUUGAAGAAAUCACUACGACUACUACAGAAACAGUAACUACAACGAAAGAGCCUGAAACUACAACGAAUAAAUCAGAAUCACCACCAGCGCCUGUGCUGGCAUCACCGAGCAUUCUCAACACCGAUGAGGCAGCAGAAGUUAGUGAGGUGCUUUCUUUGAUUGAAGCAGAUGAAAAGGCAGAGAAAGCGGAAGGCGUGGAGCAUUCCGAAGAAAUUAAACGUCUUCGAGAGACUACAAGGGCCAAAAUAAUGACAUUUUUGCAACGACGAGUUGAAAAAUUGACCGCCGAACUGGAAAAGUCGGCAAAUAGUUCGGAAAAGAACUCAAGCAGCGAAAAGACAACCUCUACGACAACAGUAGCGACGACUCAACUCAUGGAGACCACGACUUCUUCGACCACUAGUGCUGAUCAUACGACUGAAGAAACAACGGAGGCGAGCACGGAAGAAGCGGAGAAGGAGAAAGCAACAUCGGAAGCCACCAGUUCUUCCGAGAAGCCAUCAAGUACAACCCAACAAUCAUCUGAAGAAGUUCCAAUGGUAGCGUUCAAGCAAAUCCCCGAAGCCGAGGAAGAGGAUCCUAACGCAGUCGACGAACCAGAACCUUCCACAACAACUACGUCAGCUUCUACAAAAAGUGGCACAACUGUUUACAAUUUACAUGCCACCGCCAACGCUCAAGCUGAUCCCAAGCUGGCCAAUGUUAUUACACCAAUUGCUGGGAUCAUCGACAACAUAGGACCAAUUCUUGCGCCGCUUAUACGGUCGCGACUUGCAGCCGCUAAAGUAAGACUUUUCUCAUAGAA